AGUUGUCAAAAAGUUUAUUGUAUUUACUACUAUAGUAUUGUAUUUGUAAUUUUGAGUAGUAAAUAAAAUAAUUCUUGUUAUUCAUAAUGUCCAUUCAAGUUGAAAACAAUUUAAAAAAUAGUGAUAAUACAGAAAAGUUGGAACAAAAAGCGCAUUACGUCCCGUGUAAGAUAGAGUCCGAUGGUAAUGCGAACGUAGAGAAAUAUUUUGAACCUUACGUUACUGAAAAGGAGAAUGGAGAAUUAACUGGUACCUUUCGUGGACAUCACCUCGAUGGUGUUAGAAUGAGUCUGCCCAAUGGAUACAGAGCUGUCCUGGUCACAGAAGCUAAGAAACCACUAGCUGAAGAUGCUGAUAGAAGAUUUCAGGUUGCUGGUGGAUUUAAAGAGUUUGUUUACUGGAAUUGGGAUAAAAAACCAUCAAAGAAUGAUAACAUAGCUAAAGGGUUUGAAUGGAUGGACAUUGCUGAUGCGAUACAUGGUGAUUGAAAAUAUAUCAAGACUAGCUGUUCUCAUGUGGCUUUAUCUGCUUGAGAAAUUCAAUUUUUUUUUAUAACAUAAGAUGGCAAGCAAGCGGCUACCAAUAUCCACCAAACUGUGAAGCGACGGCUGCCAGUAGACAUUCGUAAUAGCGGAUUAGUUGCCUACCCUCAAUCGACAGAGAUGCACAUAAAGAGCAUAUUUCCUCUUCCUAUGUGUCUCCUGCAGUCAAAACCACAUUCCCUUCCUAUCCU